UAUUUAUAAAGCAGAGAGCGUUCGCCCUGACUGUGCCGAACGUGUGCCCACUGCCCUGGGACAGCACCAGGAGCGAAGUCAGCAGGCAUCAUGGACCUCCUCAACUUCUCCACGGAGACCUGGACGCUCCUGGCAGCGCUCAUCACACUCUUUGUUAUAUAUCUCUACUGGCCCUAUGGAGUUUUCAACAAAAUGGGGAUUCCUGGCCCAAAACCUGUGCCGUUUUUCGGAACAAUGCUGGCAUAUAGAAAGGGGUUCAUGAACUUUGACAUGGCAUGCUUCAAAAAAUAUGGGAAAAUCUGGGGGAUCUUUGAUGGGCGUCAGCCGGUGCUGUGCGUGUGUGACCCUGCCAUGGUGAAAACCAUCCUGGUCAAAGAGUGCUACUCCCUGUUCACCAACCGCAGGAACUUCCGUCUGAACGGGCCUAUGUAUGACGCUGUGUCCAUCGCUGAGGACGACCAGUGGAGGAGGAUCCGCGGUAUCCUGUCUCCAUCCUUCACCUCGGGGCGCCUCAAAGAGAUGUUUGACAUCAUGCAGCACCACUGUGGCACUCUCGUCAACAACAUGAAGAAGAAAGCUGACAAGGACGAGCCAAUAGAGCUUAAAGAGUUCUUCGGGCCCUAUGCCAUGGACGUAGUGACCAGCACUGCCUUCAGCGUGGACAUUGACUCUCUCAACAACCCUUCAGACCCAUUUGUUACCAACAUCAAGAAGAUGCUUAAGUUUGACCUGUUCAGCCCUCUCUUCCUGGCCGUUGCCUUUUUCCCAUUCCUCGGACCAGUAUUUGAAAAGUUAGAGUUUUCCUUUUUCCCUACUUCUGUCACGGACUUCUUCUAUGCGGCUCUCCAAAAGAUCAAAUCCGGCCGGGAGGCCAGCCAGCAGAAGAAUCGAGUGGACUUUCUGCAGUUGAUGAUUGACUCUCAGAAACAUCACGUGCCAAAUGAUCCCGAGAAGGAUAAAGGGCUGAGUGAUCACGAGAUCCUUUCCCAGGCCAUGAUUUUCCUGUUCGCCGGGUAUGAGACCACCAGCAGCAGCUUGAGUUUCCUGGCCUACAACCUGGCCACCAACCCCGAGGUGAUGGAGAAACUGCAGGCCGAGAUCGACUCCACCUUCCCCAACAAGGCUCCAUUGCGGUACCAGGAGCUGAUGCAGAUGGAGUACCUGGACAGUGUGGUGAAUGAGUCCCUGCGCCUGUACCCCAUUGCGGCGCGGCUGGAGCGGGUGACCAAGGCCUCAGUGGAGAUUGACGGCCUGCUCAUCCCCAAAGAUAUGGUGAUAAUGGUGCCCACAUGGCCCAUCCACCGAGAUCCAGACACAUGGCCUGACCCCGAUGCCUUCAAACCAGAGAGGUUCAGCAAAGAAAACAAAGACAAGGUGGACCCAUAUACUUACAUGCCGUUUGGCUCUGGACCCAGGAACUGCAUUGGAAUGCGCUUUGCUUUGGUCUUGAUGAAACUGGCCAUUGCUCAGAUCCUGCAGAAAUACACUUUCAUUACCUGUAAAGAAACUGAGAUCCCACUGGAGAUGGACAUUCAGGGGCUUCUGGCACCAAAACGACCAAUCAAACUGAAGCUAGCGCCUCGUUCUUAAUCUAUUGCAGAUUUUUACUUCCUGUGUAAUGCCUUAAAAGUGAUUAUAAUGUUUUAUUUUUGCAAAGAUAAGAUAACAUAAGAUAAGAUGCAUUUUCAGCUAGUCUGUCUGUGUAUCACCACGUUGCCUUUGUUGUGAUGAUUUCCUGCACUGUGUAGACCAUAAAACACCAUAAAUCUGUUUUUAUUGGGGAUGUACCAAUCUAGUACUAGUAUCAGUUAUCAGUGCUUAUAUUGACAAAAAAAGCUGGAUCGGAUAUUGCUUUCAAAAUAUCAAUGCAGCCGAUAUCCUGGUUGGACAUAAACAUUGAUGUAAUAAGACUAUUUACUGUAUGUAGCCAGUCCAGAAAGUCUCAUAAUGUUUGAACAUUUAUCUAAACAAAGUUGUUCUGUAGUUACUUAAGAGAUACAUAAGAGCUAUAUAACACAUUUGGAUCAGUUUUAUGGUAUUUUAUUUUGGCUUUAAAGAAAUAAAUGCUAAUUUCUGCAGUAGCAUGCACUGGAUGAUAUUGGCAGGUACUUCAAGUUGUAAAGAAAUUUGUAUGAGAACUGAGAAAGCUGGAUCAGUGCACCCCCAAUGUUUAUUGCCACCUUUCAAUAAUAAAAAAAACAUUUAUCAGGUA